AUGCUUUAUGAUUUUACAUAUUUUUUUUUUAUCGUGAGUGUUGCCGUGAUCCUUGCUAAAGAUCAGACACCAUCCACCCCUGUAGAUAAAGAAGCAAAAUCUGUUCGGGAAACGUCUUCUCAAGAAGUGAGAGGAUAUUUUAAAAAAGAGCAUUCACUUAAUAAACCUUAUCAAGGUACUGGAAUGAAUAUGGCAGAAUGGGAUAUAGUUGGUUCAACAGUGGUCUCAAAUCAGUAUAUUCGUUUAACAGGUGAUGUGCAGAGCCGACAGGGUGGUUUGUGGAACAAUGUGCCAGUAAGAUCAAAAGAUUGGGAAUUGUUGGUGAACUUUAAAGUACAUGGUUCCAAAGGCGAUUUAUUCGGUGAUGGUUUGGCUAUUUGGUAUACUCAAAGUCGAGGUGAAUUAGGGAGCGUUUUCGGGUCUAAAGACUAUUUUCGUGGAUUAUCUGUAUUUCUUGAUACAUAUAGUAAUCAUAAUGGUCCACAUUCGCAUACCCAUCCUUAUAUUACGGCUAUGGUUAAUAACGGGACUUUACAUUAUGAUCAUGAUAAAGAUGGCACGCAUACACAGUUGGGUGGUGAACAUACAGGUUGUGAGGCGAAAUUUCGCAAUAAGGACCAUGAUACGCAAAUACUUAUCCGUUAUGUCGCCAAUACUAUUUCGAUCUUCAUUGAUGUGAAAGGUAUUGGUAUGUGGGAGGAAUGCUUGAUCGUUGAUGGAGUUAAGCUUCCUACUGGUUAUUAUUUUGGUAUCACUGCUGCGACCGGUGAUCUUUCGGAUAAUCACGACAUUAUUUCCAUAAAAAUGUUCGAACAAGAGUUUGAUCGCGGGUCAAUUAAUACUGAUUUUGAUUCUAUUGAACCAGCAGCUGAAUUUUCUGUUUCUCCACGUGACCAUAUAGAUACACCUCGUCCAUCGAAACUUGGAUGGUUCGGUACUAUACUAUUGCUUAUUAUUGCAACAAUCAUAAUUGUUUCUGUGUUAGGCUUCGGUAUUGUUUUUAUUCAACAGCGGCAAGAGCGUUUACGUAAACGCUUUUAUUAA